AUGCAGGUUACCUGGGUGGAACACUCACAGUAUGAUGAGAGUGCAGUUCAUCAACUUUAUCGGUCAGUACUUAGUUCUGGCAGGGGCUUUGGUGCUCAUAGGUGGCUUGCCACCCUACAGAGGUACUGCGAGUGUACGUCAGUCCUUAUGUCUCCGACCAUUUCUGGUGAUGAUCAGACAGUGAUAAGUAUAAGUGGUAAGAAAAGCAUGGCAAAGCUAGCACAGCGCAUGGUGGAUAACUUUUGUUCUGGAGUUUGUGCUUCAUCUUUGCACAAGUGGGAUAAGCUUCUAGUUGGAAAUGUGAGUGAAGAUAUUAGGAUUUUGACCCGAAAGAAUAUUAAUGAACCUGGCAAACCACCUGGUAUCGUUUUGAGUGCUGCAACUUCUGUCUGGUUGCCAGUUAUGCGGGAAAGGUUAUUUGAUUUCUUGCGUGAUGAACGAUCAAGAAGUGAAUGGGACAUUUUAUCCCAUGGUGGGAUGAUGCAGGAGAUGGUCCACAUUUCCAAGGGCCACUGUCGCGGGAAUUGUGUUUCUCUCUUGCGGUCAAGUACUGUUUGUCCUUACGCAAAUGAGAGCAGCAUGAUAAUAUUGCAAGAAACAUGGAAUGAUGCGUCAAGUUCUCUGGUAGUAUAUGCACCAAUUGACAUAGCAUCAAUGACUCUGGUGAUGAAUGGUGGGGAUUCCAACUAUGUGGCUCUCUUGCCAUCAGGAUUUGUGAUUCUUUCAGAUGAUCCAAUCAGUCAAGGUGGUGCAAAUUUCUGUAACGGGACCCUGAUCAAAAGGGAUAGUGAUGGGGGUGAUGGAGGAGGAUCUCUCCUUACAGUUGGAUUCCAAAUUUUGGUGAAUAACCUUCCUACAGCUAAGCUCACAUUGGAGUCAGUGGAGACGGUGAAUAGUCUGAUAUCGCGCACAAUUCAAAGGAUCAAACAGUGCUUCAACUAACAUAGCUGAAAGAGAUAUGGAAUUGUUCUAGCUGCCAGAUUAAUUGAUAUGGAAUUGUUCUAGCUGCCAGAUUAAUUAGCGUAGUUACCUUUUUUGGGUUUUGGUUUUUGAGCAUACUUUUACAUUUACAUAUGUAUUAUAGAGAAAGUAUAGCAGACAGAAUGUGAAAUGAAAUGGAGGGAUCCAGAGAUGAUAACUCGCAUGAGAAAGGGGGUUUCUAGUCAAGAACGAACCGCAAGUGGAUAGUUUUAAAGCUGGGCUGUUAAACGGACUGUGGAUGGCUUGUUUGAAACCGUGGCAACAGGUUGCGGGUCAGUGGUUCGGGCAUUGACUUAGUCGGACCCGUCUUUUGUUUAACCUUACAUAGAAAAACAAAGAAUAGGCAAACUUCCUUUUAACUGUUAGGUUGUCAUUUUGUCUAAUAUUUUGGUUGGAAUGUGCCUUCUGGCUUUUUCAUUUCUGCAUUGGGCAACCUUUAAUUGUUGUCGUAUAAUAAUUGAGUUUUAUUUA